UGGAAAAGUCCAAACUCCUGCCAUGGCUCUAGCAGCGUUGGCUAACCGAUGGUGGAGGGCUGUGACCCUUGCGGGUACAGUGACAGGCUCCAGGUCAAGUCACACUGCUUUACAAUCAAACUACGACGCAUUGGUCAUCGGUGGAGGACACAACGGACUGGUGGCAGCUACAUAUCUUCAGAAGGGAGGUCUGCAGGCAGCAGUGCUGGAACGCAGACAUGUGCUGGGAGGUGCAGCUGUUUCAGAGGAAAUCUUCCCUGGUUUCCGCUUCUCUAGGUGUUCCUACUUGCUCAGUUUGUUAAGACCGCACAUAUACAGAGACCUGGAGCUCAAGAAACAUGGGCUGAAGGUGUAUAUGAGAGACCCUCAUGCCUUCACCCCCAUGUUGGAGGAAGGGGUGAGAGGUGCUCCUCCACGUUCUCUCACUCUGGGCUCAGAUCUGGCCACCAACCAGAUGGAGAUCAGCAAGUUCUCACAGAAGGAUGCUAAGGCUUAUCCUGAAUUUGUUGCACACUUGGAGAGGCUAGCAGAUGCUAUGAACCCUCUCCUGGAUGCUCCACCUGUAGAUAUUCCAGGUUUCACUUCUGGAUCACUGAGACGCAGGGUGGCUGCAGCUAAAACACUGAUGCCCAUCUUCAGAUGUGGUCUAAAACUGGGCAAAAACCUUCCAGACUUCUAUGAAAUCGUAACUGCUCCAAUAAUGAAGAUUCUCACUCAGUGGUUUGAUUCUGAGCCACUGAGAGCCACUCUGGCUACUGAUGGUGUAAUAGGAGCCAUGACCAGUCCUAGUAAUCCUGGCAGUGGGUAUGUUCUCUUGCACCAUGUGAUGGGAGAGGUGGAGAAGGAAAAGGGUGCCUGGGGUUAUGUAGAAGGAGGCAUGGGAGGUGUGUCUCAGGCUAUUGCUAGUGCUGCUCGAUCUUAUGGUGUUGACAUCUUUACAGAAAAGGAUGUAAGCCAGAUCCUGGUUGGUUCAGAUGGUGAUGCUAAGGGUGUGGUGCUAAAGGACGGCACAGAAAUCCACAGUAAAGUUGUUUUAUCAAAUGCUACCCCAUAUAUUACCUUCAAAAACCUGACACCACAGUCUGCUCUUUCUUCAGAAUUCAUCAAAGCAGUAGACCAGAUCGACUACACUUCACCUGUUACCAAGAUCAACGUGGCAGUAGACAAGUUGCCAAACUUCUUAGCAUCUCCCACACCAGGUGAUAAACCUGGACCACACCAUCAGUGCUCAAUCCAUCUGAACUGCGAAAGUGUGGAUGUUUUGGAAACAGCAUAUAAGGAAGCAAAAAAUGAACGACCCUCAGCAAGGCCUAUGGUGGAAAUGACCAUCCCCUCUGUGCUGGAUCCUACUCUGGCUCCCCCUGGCUGCCAUGUGGUGUCACUUUUUACCCAAUUCACCCCCUAUUAUAUAGAAGGCAGGGAGUGGACAGACCAGGACCGGGAGGCAUUUGCAGACACUGUGUUUGACUGGGUAGAGCAAUACGCCCCUGGGUUUAAAAAGUCUGUGGUGGGCAGGGACAUCCUGGCCCCUCCUGACCUGGAGAGGAUCUUUGGGCUCACUGGAGGGAAUAUCUUCCAUGGAUCAAUGUCACUGGACCAGCUCUACUUAACACGACCCUUGCCCUCUCUCGCAGACUACCGCUCACCAAUUAAAGGGCUCUAUCUGUGUGGCAGUGGCUGUCAUCCAGGUGGGGGUGUGAUGGGUUCCCCUGGCUGGAAUGCAGCCCUUACCGUCAUCGCUGACUUGAAACGUCGCUGAGGGCAUUAUCAGAUAACAUUAUCAAUGCGUGGUCCGCUUAUCUGUGCAUUACAUUUCUUUAGAGUGAAUGUGACUAGCUUAAAAAAAUCUAUGUCAUAUUACAACAAAAAACCAGCCACUUGUUAGAUUAACUUAUGAUUAGAUCAUUAUGAUUUAAUAGUUAAAUGACUGACGUAAUAAUACAAAUGACAUGGGAUUAAAAAUGACAAGUAGAGCGCAAUAAAACAGGUCUGGACAGGAAGGCCACGUGAAAGGUUUACCAGUGGAAAAACACAAAAUCAACACCAACCUGUGAGCCACCGGAAAAUUACUGAUGCCACCAAAGCAAACUGAAUGCAAACGUAUUAUUAGAAAAACUAAUUCUUGUUUUAGUUAAAUUAACAAAAACUGUGAAGUGAUGAUAGUCAUGCACAAAGGAACAUUUUACUACUUUAUUUGAAUACUUUUAAAUAAACUGAAGCCAUGUCUAAUUUCCUUUAAACCAUGUAUGAUUGUUUGUUUCUUAUGUUGCA